CUCACCUUCUCUGUCGCCAACGACGUCUCCGGCGCCAACGCCGCCAGCGACAUCCUCCUCGACGGCACGCCCCUCCUCUACGGCGACGCCUUCGCGAACACGGCUCUCGACCGCAACGGCGCCAUUAUCGCGACCAGCGCGCAGCUGACGACGAUCGUGCCCGGUGUGCUGUGCGUUGUGCUUGAUGCGGCGGGUGGGCAGGUCGGGCUUUUGAAUGAGCAGAGGACGUUUUUGGAGCUGGAUAGAGUGGCGGGACAGGCGGUGGAGACGGAUGUUGGGGGGUUUGUUAUGAGCUGU